AUGAAGACGGAGAUCCUAUCGAGCAAGUUGAUAGCUCCAUCAUCUCCAACAUCGCCCCACCUUCAAAAAUCACCAAUAUCAUGUUUAGAACAACUUGCUUUGUCAGUGUAUGUGCCCCGUAUUUUCUUCUAUCAAGCCGAAGGUGAAGAGCAUGGUGUCAGCGAUAUUGAAGAAGAGAGCAAACAGUUGCAAAAAUCACUAUCCGAAAUCUUAACCCUUUUCUAUCCACUAGGUGGCAGAUACAUAAAAGAUGAUGCUUCAAUUCAUUGUAAUGAUAAGGGGGCAGAAUAUUUGGAAGUCAAAGUGAACAGCAACCUCUCUCAAUUCCUCGAGAGAAAAGAGCACCACGAAACCGAGCUGCUCAAUCAACUGGUCAAUCUUCCGUCUGAAUCGGACGACACCCCCUUGGUAACAGUCCAAUUCAAUAUGUUUAAAUGUGGUGGAGUCGCCAUUGGUAUGGGUGUUUCUCACAGGAUACUUGAUGCAUUCUCGGCGUUUGGUUUUAUCAAUGCUUUUGCUACCGCAUGUCGAAUGGGCGUUGAUAAAGUAGGGUAUCGUCCGACUUUCCAACUGGCUUCCCUCUGCCCGCCAAGAGACAUGACUGGUCCGACUCCUAGAGUUCCAGCUCAAGAGAACCAAUUUAAAUCUAGUAAUGUUGUGAUGAAAAGGUUUGUUUUUAGUGGCGCAGCAAUAUCAAAGCUGAAAGCAGCAGUCAGUGCUGGUCUUCGUGGUUCAGAAUUGCUGAAACGCCAACCAACAAGAGUAGAGGUCGUGAUAGGACUAAUAUGGCUUGCGCUCAUCAAGGUGGCUAAAGCUAGGUGUGGCCAUUGGAGGCCUUCCAUCUUGAGGUUUCCGGUUAACAUUCGUGGGAAAACAACACUACCAGUACCUGAGAACUCUUUCGGAAACUUCAUAGGCCCGGUGUUUGCGAAAUUCACGCCAAAUGCUGAGAACAAUGUCCAGCUUCAUGAAUUGGUAGUCCAAGUUCGUGAUGGAUUGAGUAGAACCAUCGCAGAUAUUGCAAAUGCUUCCAGUGGUGAUGAUUUAGCUUUGAUGUUAUGCAAUGCCAUAAAGGAGGAAAGUGAAGCACGAGAAAAUAGUGAGGUAGAUCUCUUUCACUUCACUAGCUGGUGUCGGUUCCCAAUGUAUGAAGCAGAUUUUGGUUGGGGAAAGCCUACAUGGGUGACUACUGCCAUUAGUUCGAAGAAGAGAAUUUCUACGCUUAUGGACACUAAAGAUGGAGAUGGAAUUGAAGCAUGGAUAAGCUUGGAUGAAAAUAACAUGCUUCUUUUCGAGCAAGAUCCAGACAUUAUAACAUUCACCGCUCGCUAA